UCUGUUUUGGAUGAAUAAAAUAAUCAAAUGUUUAUAUCAGUUGUUAUUAGUUGUUUUCGCGCUGUCAUGUUCCUGCUGCUGGUCAGUAGUAGCUGCCCGCCGCCGCUUCGAUGCUCUGCUGGCCACACGGACGCGCUGCACGCUAUUAGCGAGUUGAGUCAGUACACACCUGACAGCAUCUUCUCCCCGCUGCUCAAAGCUCUGUCCGAGCACGGCGGCGCCGGGUGGAACCCGACUUCCAGGAAAAAGGUCAAACCUGAGCACAAGUACAUCAAGUAUUUGACGGAUGUUUACAAGAGAACGUCCAGAGCUCACAGGAGUUUAGACUGGGGUGCGCACUACAACGUCGUCAGACUGAUCAAGCCACAGGAGCAAUGUCUUGCAAAAAGCAGUAAAGAGACGUACAAACUGGACCUGUUCUACAGCCUCAGUCAAGUUAGAGAAAAGGAGCAGCUUGUGAAGGCGACCUUGCUAUACAAUUCAGACCGUGUCAACUCUGUGUGCUACCUGAGCAUCAAGGAGCAGGAGCACUCAAACAAGUGUCCGCUGUGUGCUGGCAUCCACCAAGCUGUGAACUUCACCGCCAGUGCAGACGACUCAGGAAGAGGACACUGGGUGGAGGUCGACGUCACUUUACUUCUUUGGCCUCUCUCCAAAUCCCUAAAGCAGAACGUACAACUGCUCGUCAAUGUUGUCUGCCCUGAAGAGCAACAAGCUGUGGAUACUGGCCAUAAAGGUCCUUUGGAGUUUACAGUGGGCCCCCCUCCUCUGUUGCUUUAUCUCCACGACGACAGCAAAGUGUCUCGGCCGGCGUUACCAUCCACUGCUGCAAAGACACUUGGCAAGCAGAUGCUUUUCAAGGCCACUCAAAUUGUCCGAGCCAAGAGGCGGCAGAAAAGGGAGUCUGUAAAGAGCAAAAGAGGCGAUACCAGCUUGGACAUCCACUUGCCAGAGCUUCUUCCGAGCUCUGAAUUCUCCACAAAUUAUUGUGACUUGUAUGAUUUCAGAGUGCGGUUUAGCCAGCUCAAGCUAGAUCACUGGAUCGUUUUUCCACCCAAAUAUAACCCCAGGUACUGUCGAGGCAUUUGCCCGAGGACCAUUGGCUUCAUCUAUGGUUCCCCUGUCCACACCAUGGUGCAAAACAUCAUAUAUGAGAAGCUCGACUCGUCCGUGCCAAGGCCCUCGUGUAUUCCCUCUCAUUACAGCCCACUAAGUGUCAUGAUCUUUGAAGAGGACGGCUCCUACGUGUACAAGGAGUUUGAAGACAUGAUUGCGACUCGGUGCACCUGUCGCUAAACCAGCAACCGAAUCGCCCCCACCCUCCCCGAACACUUUGGAGAAAAUAUUACCAUAAAGCUUUGGUGUGCUAUUAACACAUAAGAUGUUCUGACCAGGCUCGGUGAUUUCAUCAAGUUCUAAAAUCAUUGCGCAUAUAAGAUGUUUGCUCUGGAGCAGGUGUGUUUACUUAAACAAUGUAUUUUAACAUUGUGGAAAGUAAAGAAAAAGAAAAAUAAUGGUUAUUUCAUUUCUG